CGUUAGUCGUGUUGUCUCAGCUGAUGAUGACAUGGCAUGGUCUAAUGUAGUCCGGAUAGAGGUAGAUGACAAUUAAUUUUUCCAUUUUAUCCCGGCUGUUCUUGGCGUGUCAUCUUGAAGUGGAAGAAAUAGUGACAACAGCUACGAGAAACACUGCUCCUGAAUGAGGAAACAGGAACUAGCGGCCGCCGCCUGGAAGUUCCUCUUUUUCAUUUCUCCCACAACAGUCAACACAACGUUCUGUUUAAAACCCUAACAUUUGGUGGCGUGGGCGGACCUGUUCCUGUGGGUUAAUAUUUCUCUACCUAUCUGAGUUUAUCGACAAGCGACAGAGUUAACGUGCUAUACACGAGAGUAUCUGCGAAGCAUAAAUGAUGGAAUCUCCAGUGGAAUCUAACAAGCCACAGUUAAAGUGUGGUGAAUGUGACCGGACUUUCUCCUCCAAGGACCAACUGGACAGUCAUUACAGCACCCAUACCUGGAAACAGUGCUUCCAGUGUAACUUCUGUAGCUACACUACAACAUCCAUCAACCAGAUUAAACAGCAUGCAGAAACACACAGGGGUCAAAAGUCUGCCAACACCACUGUAGAGCAAGAACUGAUAGGGGGAAACAGUGAUCAUGAAGAGACAAGAGAGACGUCAGAUGAGUGUGCUGCACAGUCCCCCGAUGCUGAGGGAGACAGGGAGGCAGUGAUAGUGAUUGACAGUGAUGAUGACCAUGAAGAUGAGGACGGACAGAACAGACAUGAUGUAGAAAACACAUCUAAUCUGUUAGCAAUUCAGAGGUACAUAGAAGGUGCAACAGGCAAAGAAGCACAGAAUGAAGAGAGUAUUGCUAACAGCAAGUCUUCCACCUUAAGUUGUGCCAAUGCUGCUCCUCUGGAGGCAGCCCUGACUUUAGAUGGAGAAUCGGAUCAGAACUUGCCCCAGGAAACUGUGGAGAGAAACAUCGUUACAGGUUAUAAGGACUCCAGUCAGCAGUCCAGAAAUAUUUUUGCCCAGUUGAUGGGGGACUUUCCUGUUGCAACCUUGCAGCCCAGUUCUCCAAUGGUAGACUGUAGUACAUCAACUGGCACUGAGAGGCAACAGUCACAGACUAGUAGCAGUACUUCCCAUGGUGGUACUAACCCUGUUGCGAGUGGAAGUAGAGAAGAAACAACAGCUGACCCAGGUGCUGAUAUCCAGUGUGAGGUAGUUAGUUCUAGUAACAGUGCCAGGAAAAAAAAGAGAAACAAAAAGGCGAAAAAGCUCUGGACUUGUGAGUGCGGACUCUCAACUUACUAUCUUGACAACUUGAGAAGGCAUUUACGUAAGGGCAGCUGCUCCCAGCAGAAGCACAAUGUGUACAGAGCGCGGCCCACCAUGGCCACCACAGGGGCAGUGGUGAAGAAAACUGCCAGGCAGGUACGGUUUGAGUGUUCAAGGUGUUCCUUUUGGUCAGCGACAAGAUCGGAGUUGGUCAAACAUCAAAAGACACAUGUCAGGACUCACUUCUGCAGUGAGUGCCCUUUUCAGACAAAUCACACGGCCAAGUUGAGACGGCACAUGCAGAUGCAUGAGGGAGAUCAUUUGUUCACAUGUACUGAAUGUUCCUUCAGUAGUGACCACAGGAAUAUCCUCACCAGGCAUAAGAAACUUCAUGAGGCAGAAAUUUGUAACCCAGGUGUGUCUCAGAAAACAUUUAAAUCCCUUCCAAAUGAACCAGAUCUAGAGCUCGUGUGUUCAAAGUGUCCCUUCACAACCAGGGAAGGCAAGUACUAUCUGCUGGAGCAUGAAGCUGAACACUACGAGGAUAAGAGAAUGAGAUGUGACCAGUGUGAUCUCACAACUGUAGACAAACGAAACUUUCAAAGCCACCUUUGGAGCCAUGAUGGCCAAAAACCAUUUGAAUGUGCACAUUGCCCUUACAGAACUGCGCAUGCUAAGUCUCUGGACAGGCACCAAAGAAAUCAUAAUGCAGACCUCCCCUUUCAGUGCCAUCUAUGUUCUUUCUCAGCUAAAGGACAAAGUGCUCUAUCUGCCCACAUGAAUGUACAUGGCAUGAACAGCAGGUUUGAUCAGAAGAAAAGUGGUGAAUCAGAAAGCAGUCGCAGGAAACAGGGUGAGUCAGAGGAGGGGGAGGAGGAUUGUUUGAGUACCUCUGAAACAAGUGACAGUUUUGAAGCCACUGAAUUGGAAAUACCACCUGAACAGUUGGACAGUAGAAAAGGAGCAGUUGAGGAAAAAGAGAGCCAUGUUGAUGGGGAAUACUUUAAUUGUAAACACUGUGCUUUCUCUGCUAAAGACAGGUAUGUGCUGCUCCUGCAUGCAGCCAAACACUACAGUGACAUGACAUAUCGUUGUGAUCAGUGUGACUUUAGAAGCAGACACAGUGUUUCCUUAAAAGAACACCUGUUUAUCCACCUUGGGCAGAAGCCGUACGUCUGCACAAAGGAUCCCAAGUGUCCUUUUGUUUCAGCCCAUCAAGGAAACAUGAGGAGCCACAUGAAAUCUCAUUCUGCAAACCUGCCUUUCAAGUGUAGGUUUUGUACGUUCUCAACUGUCCGUCAGUCAGUGCUGACAAAGCACCAAAGGCUACACUGGCUGGCCAGACAAAAGUCAGGCCAAGAAACAAAAUCAAGACCUCCCAAGCGCACAGUCUACAAAUGCACACAUUGUGAGCAUACUGCACAGAGUCAACAUGCACUGAUGUGUCACCAAGCCGAACACAAAAACCUACGAGUCUUCCAAUGCAACAGGUGUCAAUUCUUCACAAACUCAAGGUUUAUCUUCAGGACCCAUAGAAGUAAGCAUCUAAGCAGAGACAAAGUUGGUAUGAAGCACGGAGACAGAGGAAAAAAAGUACAAGUGGAGCCUUCAGUUCAGCAAAAGCCCUUCAAUUGUUCAACCUGUUCAUAUACAACAGACAAAAAACAUCUGCUGCUGGUCCAUCAAGCCAAACACUCAGGUGAUAAAGCAUUUCACUGUGAUGAAUGUGAUUUUUCCACGCUAACUGUAGAAAACCUGAUUCAACAUCUACGCACACAUGAGCGAAGAAAAGUCCAGAAGUACAAAUGUGAUGAAUGCCCAUACAUAGCAGAGAGGCAAAGGGCUUUGAUAAAUCACAAAAACAACCACAAGGCAGAUCUUCCUUUCAAGUGUAAGUAUUGCUCCUACACCGCAACCAGGGGGUACUACAUACGUGUUCACAUGCUCUUGCAUAUCCACAGUAAGACAGACAGGUCAGAAACAGAAGAUGGCAGGGGGCAUAGUGAAAGUAUUCCCAACACUUCAACAGAUGUCAGUGAUCCUGCGAUAUUGCAUCAUGAUGCAAACAGCGAUGGCAAGGUAACCUCAGAAAAGGCCAGCAAAUCAGUCCCUGGUAUAAGACUGGUCAUGACAGGAUCGGGGCAGUACAGGACAACAGAGCCAGCGAGCCAGCCACCCAAACCAGCAAGUAAAAUGAUCUACUGUGAGUACUGUGACCACAGCACAACUCGUCCUCGGGACAUGAAGGUUCAUGUCAGGCUCCACACCGGAGAAAGGCCAUACGCCUGCCCUGAUUGUCCCUUCAGGGCCAUCCAGUCCCAUCAUCUUCAAAAGCACCAGAAGUACCACCAAGCAAACUUGGCCCAAAAGUGCAGACUCUGCACUUUCUCUUGCAGAAGUGCCUCUCUGCUAAGGUCACACGUCCAGCUGCAUAAUGACAAAAGAAAGUGGCACAGGUGUCCCCACUGCAACUUUGUGACCAGCAGUUACCGUGUUGUCCACACCCACAUAAAGAAGCAGCAUGUCUUGUCUUCAAGUUUGACAGGAGCUGCUUCUGUCCUUCCAGUCAAGGAAAAGAGUCCAUCUCCUCAACCAGGUGAAGUCAGUGAAGUCAGUGUCGAGGGUAGUGAAAGUGCUGAGGAAGAAUACCAAGGAGCAGAAGAAGAAGAUGUGGAUGUUGUAGGGUUAGAGGAAGAGGCAGGACAGACUCAAGAUCUUGACAGAUCACUUGAGAAGCAUGAAGAGGAUGGUGACAGUGCAGACAAUUCUGAAGAUCAGGCAGAAGUGUUAUGUGUACCCCAUGAGAAAGACACUGAUCGCCAGCCUCCUGGGACAAUACGUAACACAGGUGGUUUGGAAGAAGUGAAGUGUAAUCACUGUGAGUUUUUAUCAGCAUCCCAUGUGGACCACCUCAUUCACCUUUCUACUCACAACAACAAUAAGAAAAUAUGCUGUGAUCAGUGCGAUUAUACUACUAGCAAUGAAUCCCUCUUCAAACACCACUGGCAAACACACACAAGUGAAAAUCUGUUCAAGUGUGAUCUCUGUCCAUACAGAGGCACAGGCAGAGCAAACCUUCUCCAACACCAGAGCUUCCAUUCUGCCAAGCAAUCCCUAAAGUGUCGCUGGUGCUCAUUUUCCUGUUCAGAGCGACUGCACCUUGACAAUCACAGCCGACUACACGGGCAGGGUCGUUUCAAGUACAAGUGCCAGUACUGCCAUUUCAACACUGACAAGGUCUUCCUGCAUCUCGUACACAAAGCAAAGCACUCCAGCACAGGGAUCAUAAAAUGUAACAUGUGUAAGUCCUUUCAGACAAAGGACACAGAUGCACUGAAGGAACAUCUAAAGAAACACACUCAUCAGGAGUAUCCCUCCAAAAACCUCUCAUUCUUACAGCGUUACAAAAGUAAAGUAUAUGCUGAAGAUGACCUCUAUGGAUGCAAGCUUUGCCCCUACAAAACCCUCCAGCCCAAAUCUAUGAUUGUUCACCUGUCGUGGCAUGGCGCAAAUGAAGUCUACAAAUGCCCCUUUUGUAAUUUCUCUCAUACACGAUUAUAUAUCAUAGAUGACCAUAAGAAGCUCCAUGGAUAUAUGGGGUCGUUCAAGUGUAACCAGUGUAGCUAUGCCACAGAUGAGAAGUACAGGCUGCUGAAACACAAGGCCAUGCAUUCUGGUAGGAAGUCCUUCAAGUGUGAUCAAUGUGAUUACACCACAGAUAACUCUCAUAGACUCAUGAUUCACACCACUCGACACAGCGGGCAGAAAACGCAUAUGUGCCCCCUUUGUCCCUUUGAGACAAUGAGUAAAACGGACCUGAAGGUGCACAAACAGAAGCAUGGUGCAAAGCACUCUCAGAAAUGCAAGUACUGCACCUAUUCGUGUGAGAAUAAAAAGCACCUUUCGAAACACUUGAAGCUACAUGAGGAUAAGACAGACCUGAGGUGUCUGAAGUGUGACUUUGUAGCUACAUCAGAGUGUUCUCUAUCCUGGCAUGAAGCCAACCAUCAUAAAGAUGAUGACGUACAGCCAGAUGAAUCUGUGGUGACAAAAGAAGCAGUUAAUGAUGCCCCUGUAUCUAGUGUCAAGUCAAAACUGUUAAGCACCUGGCGUUACCAAAGAAAAAAGUGUCCCCAGUGUCCAUUUAUAGCCCAGGAUCUUAAUAGGUUACAAGACCAUGUACAGAAGCAUGGGGCGGCACUUCCCUUCAAGUGCACCCAGUGUUCCUACACAUGUGAACGGGAAACAGACCUGACCCAGCACUCCAGGUGCCAUGGUGUCAAGGGGGCAUUCGUGUGCCAGGAAUGUUCCUACUCCACUGAGAAGAAGCUGGGCCUGUUGCUCCACCAGGUGACACACACGUCUGAUGGGAUGUACAGCUGUGACCAGUGUGACCUGAAGACACAAGACAAGGAGGCGCUGCUGAGCCACAUGAAGGAGCAUGAUGGGACCCAGGUGUUCAGGUGCUCUGUGUGCCCGUACAGCACUGUGAUCGAGAGUUAUUAUGUGCUGCACCAGAGGAGGCAUCAUGUCAGAUUGCCACUCAGUUGCAAGUACUGUUCGUACUCUGCAGGCAAGAAGAAAGACAUUGAACAGCAUACUAGGAUGCACAAACGAAAGUUUCACUGCAGAGAAUGCACGUACACCACCGACAGCAGAUAUCACUUCCUUGUCCACGGGGGUCUUCACACAGAACAGAAGAUAUUUUCAUGUGACAAGUGUCCUUUUCACACCAAAGCUAUGGUAGCGCUCAGGAAUCACCUGCUUAACCAGUGCAACAACAAAAAGCUAAAGUGCAGCGAAUGCCCUUUUGUUGUUGACCGGAGAGAGGUCCUCAUGAAUCAUAUGAAGUACCAUAAUGUAAACCUCCGGUACAAGUGUGAUCAUUGCUCCUUCUCCACAGCACUGGGUUGGCACUUUAACAGGCAUGCUAAGCUUCACAAAAAAAGUACAGGACAGAGACAAAAGCCAUCAGCAUCCUCAACAGAACAGCAAGAUAGCAGUAGGGACAACGAAGAGCGAAAGAAGAAACCAUCAUUGGUAGAAAGUGAUCAUGAUUCGGAUGUGGAAGUGGUGGAUAGUGAUGAAAAUGACAGCACUGACCAGGUGGAGACUCCAGAGCAAGACAUGAUGAAUGAUGACGGCCAUGAAGCAGACAACAGCAGAAGUACAGAUGAGACCGGGGAUGUGACUGAGGAUGUGGAUGUGACUGAGGAUGUGACUGGGGAUGUGACUGGGGAUGUGACUGGGGAUGGGAACUGUGAAAGUUCUAAAGAGAAAGUGAUGGAUGUCUCUGGACCCUCCACAUCUGUCACCACCAGUACCCAUCAACCAACAGCAAAACAGCAAACUGUUUUUAACCUGGUGAAGUCAUACGCCAGUUAUCAUCUCUCAUGCAGGUUCUGCCCUUAUAAAACAUCAAAAAGGAUUCAUCUCGUUUCCCAUGAGGCCAAGCAUGGCGCAGAUCUGCCAUUCAAGUGCAGCAAGUGUUCCUACAGCGACCGUUUCGAGGGAAAGAUGGCCAUCCACAUGAGGGUCCAUGGAUGUCCUGGGAGGUACCAGUGUUCACAGUGCUACUACUCUACCAACAAUGAAGGCUUCUUGCAAGUUCACAUGAGUUCCCGGCACAGGACAUCCAAAGUCUUCCACUGCUCCAAGUGCGACUUCUCCACGGAAAGACCAAAGUACCUAAAAGAACACAUCUACAAGCAGCACUUGUGCAAGUCUCCCCCCACCAAGGUGAAGGCACUACAGUACAAGUGCAUCAGGUGUUCUUUCCAAGCUGCUACCCUGGCUGAUCUCUGGGAACAUCACAAGGUACAACACAAGGAGGAAGAAAAACACUUCUACAGGGAUGCGUCAGUCUAUAAAUGCCGCCACUGUAGCUUUGUGGCACCCAAACAACAUCGCAUGGCUCGGCACAUCCGGAUCCACCUGAGGGACUUGGCAUACACUCGACAACCUACUGACAAGGUGGCCAAGGCAUCCAGCUCUGGAACCAACAAGGUAACAUGGACAGAUGGGCAAAAGGUUGGAUCGGAUGAAGACAGCCAGGAAGUGCCGCCUGUUGGUUACCAAUCCAGUGCCCCAAACUGUGAAGUAUCAGAUGAAAAAUCAGUCAAGAAGUCUAAGAACACAGCUCGUAAGAGUGUGCCACUAUGGAACAAGGAAAGGCCAGUCUACCAAUGUCCUGACUGUGACUAUACAGCAACAAGAGAGCACCAGGUACUGGCCCAUGCCCAGAACAUUCACAGGAAGGAACCUGAGGUAGAGAGACAAAAGGUCGCCCAUUAUCCUCGUCGUUUCAAAUUAUUCAAAUGUCACUCUUGCCCCUACACUAGUUACAGACAUGUCCAUGUCAGCAUCCACGAGAAGUACCAUUCUGCCAACUACCCGUUCAAGUGUGACCAAUGCACGUACACCUGCCAGUUCCUGUACAAGCUCCUUCAGCACAAGGAACUACAUGAGAGAGGGGACAGUGUGUCUCCCCCACCCAUGCCCAGGAACAUCACUGUGUACAAGUGUCCCCUGUGUCCCUACACCAGCUACAAGAGGACUGUUGUUCAGGAGCACAAGACAUACCACAAGGCUGACUACCCUCACAAGUGCUCUGACUGUUCUUACUCCUGUAAGACUGAUGCCAAGCUGCAGGAUCACAUGAAGCUGCACACUCAGGACGGGUCUGCUGAUCAGGCCCAGGAAGAGCCAGCUAUGUCCCAGGUUUCUCACCGAGGGCAAGCUUCCUUGUUUAAGUGCUCAAUGUGUCCAUACAGGAGUUACCAGCGUACACACAUCUAUUGCCAUGAGCGUCUCCACUAUGCCAACCUCCCCAACAAGUGUUGCUAUUGUACCUACUCUUCCUUAUUUGAGUACAAGGUACAGCAGCACCAGAAACUGCAUGAAGUAGAAGAUGGGUCAGCAAGGCUUUCUGACAAUGAUGCAAGCCAAGAUGCCAUAUUUAGUAUAAUGGAAAGCAGCACUCAUGAAUACGAUGAAGAUUUGACCGCCGCCGCACAUAAUGCAGAUGAAGAGUUGCAAACUGAAGGGAUUCUAUCAAGGAAGCGGGGCCUCAAUGCCGUAUUUGACAACAGUGACCGCUAUCCCCUGCGUGCUGAAGGAAGGCUCUCGAUCCGUCUGUUCCGUUGUGCAAAGUGUCACUUCUACAGUAAGUCGUGGCGCCUCCUUCAGCUGCACAAGGCCCAGCACGAGCUGAAGAUGAUCAGGUCGGACAGUAGGAAGAGGCCGCUGCCUGCAGCCCAGCCUGACAGGGAGGCAGAAGGAGGGAUGUACCGCUGCAGGUACUGCCCCUACGGGUCCACUCACAUCAGCCACGUGUGGAGACACGAGGAGCGCCACAAUGCAGGACUGCCCUUCAAAUGCAGAUACUGCUCGUACUCCUCCCUGCUGGAGUUCUGGACAGACAGGCAUGAGGCGGUGCACAAGGAGGAGAGGCAGGUCGAAGCCAUGCAGGACAUUAGGGACCUCCAGAUCCAACCAGAGGAAAGGUCUCCAGUGUUUGCAUAUGGGGACGACAAACUGUUUGCUGGGAUCGACACAGAGGAGGAACUGGCGACCAAUAGUGACGGCUCAGACGACGCGUACUCGUGCAGACUGUGUGGGCGGACAUUCGAGGAGUGGAGAACGUACCAGCAACACGCCCGGCAACAUCGGCAGGCGGGGGGAGAACAUGUCAGUCAUGCUGUUGCCCUUGGCGACCCAUUCACAGGAAGAGUGUUCUACGUGUUCACGUGUAAGCUGUGUGGGCGCCGGUUUACUGGUCAGGUGGACUGGAUCCAGCACAUGCAGCACCAUCGCAGAAACAACAGGGUUCCGGAUAGAAGAUAACUACAUGUGGGACAAGCAUCAAACCCUGCUCACACUCUGAUCAUCAUUUACCACCUGCCUUUAAGAAAAAUAUGGUACAUGUAUGCUAAAAGUGGCAACACAGUCAGUGAAGCAUUAGUAUAAGGAUCAUACAUGUACAUUGAUAUUGAUCAAUCGGAGUGUAUUAGAAAUGUCUUAUUUCAUGUCAGAAGUUGCCCUUUAGAAUAGUAACUUAUGUUUGUAGGAAUACUGGAAAGCUAUUUGCUGUGAACAUUUGUAUACUAGUAUAUAGUUAUGAAUACAGGUAUGAGAGAUGUUAAUAUAUGUAUUAUGAUGUAACAGUGAGAAUAUAUCAGGAUAUUUUUGACAGGUGCUGUAAUCAUUAAUUUUGAUUGAUUUGUAUAUGUUUGAUUGAUUGAUUUGUAUAUGUUGCAUCUUCCAAAAUGAGUGAUGUGCACUGUACAUUUACUAACAUGAUGCUGCCUAUAUACAUGUACUAGUAGCUACAGGAAAGAUUGUCCAAAGGGACAAUGAUGUACCAGAGUAGAACAGCAGCUGAUUAUGCAUUAGGGACAAUGUGCUGAUGGAAACAGAAAACACACAGGAUGAUAUUUUGAAAACUUCAAGUCAGUCUCCUGUCAUGGUAUAAUGUCAGACAUUUAGGUGUAUCUCUAAAAAAGAUGUGGGGUACAA